GGCACAUCACAACAUAUUAUGUCGUUGUUGUGUGAUAGUGUAAGAUAUAAUGUAGACUGCAAUUGUGUUAAUGUAAAGUGAAGCCUUACUGCAACACAAAACAGAUGAAUGCAACAAGAUGUGAGAGAACUGAAUAAUGCAGCAGAGCAACACCACACAUCACCACGGGUGAAAGAAGAAUUCAGAUCCUUCAUUAAAGUGAAAGUGGAAGUUUUAUAGUUGUGUAAAAAUAUUCAACUAAUAGUCCUGCCUGAAAUGGUCUUCUACUGCCAGCUCCUGCUGACAUGAAUUGGCUUGAACAUCUGCUGGAAUCUGCACGGAUCAGAAAAGUCUUUCCAAUCUUGAGACUGGAGUUGGCUGACAGUCUGCUGACGUGAAUUCCCGCCCAUCCACUUGCCACUGACUCAAGGAGAAGAGCUUCAGCUGCGUGCGGGUGAGGCUGCCCAGAGCAGGAGAAGCAGGAAAAAACUGCGUUGUCGGAAAGCGCAUCAGAGAGAGAGAGACAGACAGACAGAGAGAGAGAGAAAAUCUGGCAGAGCAUCCCUCAGGAUGAAGAAAAGCAGUAGUGCACAGGGAGUUACACCAUGCGAUGAGAAUAAGGAGCCUCCUGUGGGACAGUUUUCUGCAGGCAACACCCUCGGGGUAGAGUUGUGCAAAGUCCACAGACGAUUUUCUGGCAACCUGCAGCUGCCUCCAUUGUCAUGGCGACAGGCUGAAAAGGAGAGGGACAGGGGCAGGUCGCUCACGCCUGAAGAAGAUCCAGUGACCCGGAGUAGACCUACGAGUCUGCCCAUCGUCUCUCUGCCUCGAAUUGACAUCACACAAGCUGAUCCUGACAGCUUCGAAGUCGAGAAUGGCCCAUCGUUGUGCUGCAGUCCUUCAGACAUGCAAGCAUCCCCAGGUUCAGGUCUGGUCCUACAUCCCAACCUGGCGAGCCAUGGCCAGCGCCGGGAGUCCUUCCUGUACCGCUCCGACAGCGACUACGACUUGUCACCCAAGUCCUUGUCUCGAAACUCUUCAAUUGUUGGAGAACUGCAUGGUGAGGACUUGAUUGUGACUCCAUUUGCGCAGGUUCUGGCAAGCCUUCGAACCGUCAGAAAUAACUUCACCACCUUGACAAAUGUACAGUGUGCAUCCCAUAAAAAGUCUCCCGCUGCCAAUCAACCUUCUGUCACCAAAGUCUGCCUGUCAGAUGAAUCCUACCAGAAGCUGGCUAUGGAGACGAUGGAGGAGCUGGACUGGUGUCUGGACCAGUUGGAGACCAUCCAGACCUACCGCUCAGUCAGCGACAUGGCCUCCAACAAGUUCAAGAGGAUGCUGAACCGGGAGCUAAGCCACCUGUCUGAGAUGAGUCGCUCAGGCAAUCAAGUGUCAGAGUACAUCUCCAACACCUUCCUUGAUAAGCAGAAUGAGUUGGAGCUUCCGUGUCCGGUUCCCAAGUCAAGGGAAAGGAAAAGGAGGCAGGGCCAGCAGCAGCAGCAGCAGCAGCAGCAGCAGGCUGGGAUGAUGACUCAGAUCAGCGGGGUGAGGAAGGUCAGCCACACGCCCAGCAUCUCUGGGAGCUCCAGCAAUCGUUUCGGGGUCAAGACAGACCAGGAGGAGCUGCUGUCGAAGGACCUGGAGGACAUCAACAAAUGGGGCCUGAAUAUCUUCAGAGUGGCCGAGCAUUCCCAUAACCGACCGCUCACAGCCAUCAUGUACACCAUAUUUCAGGAGCGAGACCUGAUGAGGACGUUCAAGAUUCCAGCGGACACCUUUGUGACGUUCAUGCUGACCCUGGAGGGCCACUAUCACUCUGACGUGGCCUACCACAACAGCCUACACGCCGCCGACGUAGCACAGUCCACUCAUAUCCUCCUGUCCACGCCCGCACUGGAUGCCGUCUUCACUGAUCUGGAGAUCUUGGCAGCCAUCUUCGCUGCAGCCAUUCAUGACGUGGACCAUCCAGGUGUUUCCAACCAGUUCCUCAUCAACACGAACUCCGAGCUGGCUCUGAUGUACAACGAUGAGUCAGUGCUGGAGAACCACCACCUGGCCGUGGGCUUCAAACUGCUGCAGGAAGACAACUGCGACAUCUUCCAAAAUCUCACCAAGAAGCAGAGGCAAACGCUCCGGAGGAUGGUCAUAGACAUGGUACUGGCAACAGACAUGUCCAAACACAUGAGCCUGCUGGCUGAUCUGAAGACGAUGGUCGAAACCAAGAAGGUGACGAGCUCUGGAGUGCUGCUCUUGGACAACUACACAGACAGGAUGCAGGUUUUGCGUAACAUGGUUCACUGCGCCGACCUGAGCAACCCGACCAAGCCUCUGGAUCUGUACCGGCAGUGGACCGACAGGAUCAUGGACGAGUUCUUCCACCAGGGAGACCGAGAGAGGGAGAGGGGGAUGGAGAUCAGCCCCAUGUGCGACAAACACACAGCUUCGGUGGAGAGGACGCAGGUUGGCUUCAUCGACUACAUCGUCCACCCUCUGUGGGAGACAUGGGCAGACCUUGUCCACCCCGACGCCCAGGACAUCCUAGACACACUGGAGGACAACAGGAACUGGUACCAGAGCAUGAUCCCCCAGAGCCCCUCCCCUCCCUUCUACACCAGUGAUGGGGAGGGCGGCCCACUGGGGGAGGUGGAAGGGGGACCGGUGGCAAGUAAAUUCCAGUUUGAACUGACACUGGACGACCAGGAUGGAGAUGGGGAGAGCAGGAUCAUGGAGACAGCUGACAGCGUGUCGCUCGAAGACCAUCCGACUGAUCUGGACGGGGUGGAAACAGCGACACGCAACCAGACAUAGCUGAACUGACACUGUUCUCAGAGCGCAGCAGGUUCCUGCUGUUUUUGGCUGAAUUCAUUUUAAGUGCAGUGGAGCAAUCCUGCAAUCUGGCUCUUCGGAGCUGCCUGGGAAAGAGGGCCUUGCUGAAUGUGGGGCACCCCUGGAAACAAGGCUUGGAAACCCUGUGGCAGUUUGUUUUUGAGCCGCCUAGAUGGGAGCUGGAAGAGCGUAGCAUCUGUUCUUUAAAGAAGGGACUACUGUCGGACUGCGAAGUCAGGGGAUGAAUCUUGGUUCUCACAGACAAAGAACGUGAAGUGGACGAUGUGUAUCCGUGUACUGGGACUAGUAAAGAAAUCCAAACUUGCACUUCAGGAUGUUUUUUAUGUUCAUUUAGAUUCUUUGUAUGUUUUUGUGUCGGGAUUGGGUGCCACCUCGUAAAGUGUCCAACCAAAACUACUGGUGAACAAAUUUAUUGUAACCAAGUUGUUUUUUUUCUAACACUUGUCUAAAAGAGAAACAUUUGUGUGCCUUUUUUUAACAACCGUUUCUUUUGUAAGUGUUUUUAUAAUUUAUUGAACACGUUCAUGUAGCUGUAAAAUGUGUCAGAUUUUCUAUAGAGAGAGGACACAUUUGUCUCACGCAGUCUUCCUAAUGUUCUGGCAAUAGUACAAGCUUGUUCUCAGAAACGCGUCCAGUGGAUGUAUUUCUAAAAAUCAGCUGACUUCCCAGCACAGUUUGCACUUUGUGGCAUCGGAUGGAGAGGUGGAAAGCAUCUGUAACUUACAGGAAACAUUACAGUAAACAUUUAAAACCAAAAUAAUUUAAUUUCGUUCCUAUAAUUCCUUUCAUAAGCUACUUAAUAACUCAUAGGCCAUAUUCUCUUUGGAUUUUUGAGUCCAAACAACAUCUAAAGAAAAAACUCCAAAGAUCCUGUGAAAGAAAGCACUUUGAUGAUUUCACUGCCAUCUCUGAAAAUGGUGAUCCCACUCUUUUCAGAGUAACUAGUGUAACAAGUCAAUCUUCCAACCAGAAGCCAAAUUGAUCCCUCACAUCUUUCUGUAGCCGAAAAAAAAGAUAGGAAGUGAAAUAUUGCCAAAAAUAUGGCAAAAAAUAAGGUUUAAAAUAUCUCCUCCCUUGUGUUUGAGCUAUUCCUGCAUGGAAAAAUCUGUUUCCACCUCGUAAUUCCCCAACUCAUGAGCUCACACACCUCUUGCGGUUAACAGCAUUCCAUUCUCGUGCUGUACACUUUGAAUGACUGUCGGACUGUGUGCAUAUUUUAAACAGACACCUGUUAAGUGAUAGAUUCAUCGUAGUAUCUUGUAGUUUUUAUCCCAGCACUUUGAAUACGUCGACAGCUCGGCAGCUGGUUGCCGAUCUGUCCAACGCUACCUUAAAGGUACCACAUUGUAAGGUGCAACCUUCAGAAUAAAAGGGGUCAAUAUCGUGUCAUGACAUGAUAUCUCCUCUGUGUGUGUGUGUGUGUGUGUGUGUGUGUGUGUGUGUGUGUGAGAGAGUGAGUGCGUGCAAGUGUGUAUGUGAGUAUUCACAGAGUCGCACAAUUUUGUUGCACCCGGCUGUGUUGUGCUGACCCCUCAGCUGUUUGUAACAGUGUAUUUAUUAUCUUAUUCUUGUAUAUGAUAAUAUUGAUAUUGAUUGUUAAUAUUCCCUGUAUAUUUGUUAUUAUUUAUAUGCACUACCACAUGUCAAAUCACACUUUGACUGAACUCGUCUGGUGGUUUCCAGUUUAAUGUAUUUCGCAAGCUAUUUUGCUAUGAGACCGUAACAUGAAGUUAUGCAGUUCAAGUUCUGACUAUUUGAAAUGUCUGUUUUUGGUUUUCAAGAUCGCAGCCAGAAAUCGUUGGUGCAGUCUGAAGCGACAACAACACCUCGCCGAGGUGUAGAAGAAGUCUGGCUUUUGUUUUUGUCUUUUUUGUUCCUGGCGGAUUAUGAAGGCUGGAUAUUUACUCAGUAUGUCGUGUACGGUGACGGGUCAUUGUACAGCUACAGGACUAUAUGCUGAAAUAUAUGACAUGGUUUCAAAACUAUUUUUUCAGUGUUUUCCUCACAAUAUAUCGUCAAAUGGUGUAUGUUGUGCUCAAAAAAUGUUUUCUAUCAGAUUAUUAAAACGGGCAUGUAUUACAGAAA